UGGGCGGUGCGGUAAGCAGCCAUGGCGUAUUCCACUGUGCAGAGAGUGGCGCUGGCCUCGGGCCUCGUUUUGGCCGUGUCGCUGCUGCUGCCCAAGGCCUUCUUGUCCCGCGGGAAGAGGCCAGACUCGCCGCCGAGCCCCGAAGGAAAAUUGGGCCGAUUUCCACCAAUGAUGCAUCACCACUCAGCACCCUCAGAUGGUCAGAUGCCAGGGGCUCGUUUCCAGAGGUCUCACCUUGCAGAGGCCUUUGCAAAGGCUAAAGGAGCAGGUGGAGGUACUGGAGGAGGGGGUAGUGGAAGAGGAUUGAUGGGACAGAUCAUUCCAAUCUAUGGCUUUGGGAUUUUUUUGUACAUACUGUACAUUCUGUUUAAGCUCUCAAAGGGGAAAACUGCAGAGGAUCGGAACUGCUCCGCUGCCCCACCCGGAAACAGCCACAGGAAGAUUACCAAUUUUGAGCUUGUUCAACUGCAAGAAAAAUUAAAAGAGACAGAGGAAGCCAUGGAAAAAUUAAUCAACAGAGUGGGACCUAAUGGUGAGAGCAGGGCACAGACUGUGACUUCCGACCAAGAGAAACGAUUACUGCAUCAGCUCCGUGAAAUCACCAGAGUCAUGAAAGAAGGCAAGUUGAUUGACACAUCUACUCCAGAAAAGGAAGCCGAGGAAGCACCUUACAUGGAGGACUGGGAAGGUUACCCUGAAGAGACUUAUCCAAUAUACGACCUCUCGGAUGGUAUCAAGCGUAGGAAGGAAACAAUCCUGGUGGAUUACCCUGAUCCAGAAGAGCCCUCUGCUGAAGAAAUAGCUGAACAAAUAGGAGUGAUAGAAGAGGAAGGAUCAGAUCACUUGAGCUGGGAUCAUUUGCCCUCUGACUAUGGAGCCCAAAAAGAUAAUUCUGUUACCCUGUGUGAUCCUAAACCAGAAUCGUGCUCCUGCUGUUUUCAUGAAGAAGAGGAUCCUGCUGUCCUGGCAGAGAAUGCUGGUUUCAGUGCAGAUGGCUACAGUGAGCAAGAGGAAGCCACCAAAGAAGACUGGCCCCAAGACUUUACAAAUGAAGGGUUGGGGAUCAGCACUGCUAACACACACAUUGGUAGCAUGUUGAGGAAGCGCAACCCCCAGGGUUUGGAGUGAAAGCAGCCUGUUUGGGGAAGUAUCCAUUACUCUGUUCCCAAGAUACCUUUCCUAGAUUUCAUCCAUGGCCCUGUGCCCUCUGCUUCCCUCUUUGUGUUCAGUGUCAUAGUUCUUGAGCCACUACCAUGGAUAUUGUCUAUCCUUCCUGGUGCUUGCACACCUGUCACCUUGUAAAGUAGCCAUUAGUGUGAACACAGGACAGAUCACCUUUCUCUUCAUGCCUUUCCAUAUCAGAAAAACUAACUCAUUCAGUAAACAUAUUUGGUUGAUGUGCUUGCAGGUAGUACCACCUACACAAACAUCUGACCUUCAUAGGAGCAACAGAUGAUUUACCUGAGAAUGAGCACUGGAUUAGCAGAUAUUGAGGAUGUAAGGUUUUAAGAAUGAAGAUUUUAAGACUCCCAAAUGCCUUAUUCUUUGGGCCUUGAACUUGUGAGUGGUCCCCUGAGAAGAGCAUGCUCGAUUGUAAGGAUGAGACGCCCAGAGCACAGCAAGACUGAGCUGUAGUCUCUCCCCAGUCUUCUAAGAUACCCUGGCUCCUCCAGCAUGGCAGGGCAUGAACACACAGGCCUAUUUGGAGACCAUUUUGUUUAUAUAUUUCCUUGAUCCCUAGAUUCCUUUGUCUUUACUCUGUUGAAUAGAACUGCCAAAUCCAGAAGCACCUUUAUAUCUCUGGUGUUCUGUAGCUACGGGGAAUUUGAGGCACAGGCAUUAGUUUGUGUCCUACAGAGCUGGAGUUUGAGGCUGUUGAAGCUACAGGAUUGCCUAAGUAUGGUGGUCCUUCCAUGAGGAACUCGGGUGGCCAGGAAACCACCAUGUCUAGUGAGACAAGAUGGAACCUGUGAAUCCUAACAAGGGUGAGUCAGUUCAGUUACAUGGAAGACCUGAAAUUUGGAAGGUGACGUAUCUGCAAGGACAUUCACAGUCAUAAAAUGGGAGACUCAAAAAUUAAGGAAGUCUGUGAAGCUGGAUACAGUCUUUAAAGUUCUGUUGUACUUGGCUUGAAUAUGAUGCUGGAAGAUAGUUUGGAUCACUCAGGAGCAUACUGGCUGCCAUCAGAAGGUAUGAGUCCACACUAAGAUACUGCCAGCUACUGCAAAGCUUUAUGUGUUAGCUGAACUAGAGAAGUCCUUUGAAGAUUGAGUCUAAAAACACUGCACUGUAUCAGUCCCUGUGUGGAACAUUUGAUUGAAAUUGUGAAGAAUGCAGUUGAGCAUGUACUGAAGAUGGUCUCAACAUAACUAACACUAAGUGCAAAAAGCAAUGUAGGUUCUCUUGUUUUGGCGAAUUGUUUUCUGUGUGAUUCUUCUCAUUUAUGAGAAGUUGAUUUAAGAUAGCCCCCGGUCAUUCAUUCUAAUUUUUGUUCAUAGGAUAUGAUUCCAUUAUUAGAUAAGAACUUGUUUUGUUUUCAUUCAUUCAUUGGAUAAGUGCCCCAUGUUGAGUACUAAGUGAAUUUGUACCCUGAAGAAUUUUAGUUUAAUGUGGGAGUCUGACAGAUGCAUUGUGGACCACAGGAAGGCUCGGGAUUGUGAAUUCCUAUUUGUGGCUGUAGAAUCUUGAAUUGGUCCUCAGUUAGUCUGAGGCUGGUUUGACACCUGUAAAGUGAGGGUAGUAAAAACACAGGUCUCACAGGGUUGGAAGGAAGGUGUUGGCAGCAUGACUAGCUCAUGCAUAAUAACAUAUCUUGUGACAGCCAUUCUAUUACAGUAUGAAUCCAAAAUUACAGGAGCAUGGAAGAACAGGAAUGUUUUUGCCAAAGUAUCAAUAAAUUUCAGAAGAGAUUUUGUGGCGUGCUGAGAACAUAGGCAAAGAAGAAAAGGAACAUGUUGUCAGAAAGAGUACAAGUUAGCAAGUACAGUGUGGUGUGUAGAUGGAUAUUCAGGUGAAAAGUGUUACAAAGCCAACUCUUAUUAUUGGGGUUAGCUAUGGAAACAGUUCUUGCCAGAAGGACCAAUCCCUCAUGGUUAUUGCCACUCUAGAUGUUGGCUUACAUAUAGGAAUAUAUUUGCUUGGAUAUACCAGAAAUUUUAAUAUACCUUUCAGUAAUUUAGAAUAUAGAUUUUUUUUUUAUUUUCCAGAAUUGUAUCCUUUGGAUAUGAUGGUUUUUACAUGUAUAUCCAUCCAACCCAGGGUGAGCAAUAUCAAGGGCCUGGUUUUCAUUGUUGUGCUCUUCAUUUUUCAAUAUUAUGGGCUGCAGACUUCAUCAAGGCCUUGCCAGGUCUGCAGUGACCUCUGGGGAACCACAGCAGUAACUGGCCUAAGAAGCCACUGUACAUCACCUAGGGCCAUGCUUGGUAAAUCAGGUGGUGAUCAGCCAGAAGAGCCCUUAACCUGGUUAUAGUAGGAACACAGGCAGUGCUGCAUCACCUCAGGGACUAGGCCUGGCAGGUGUGCUGAGGAGUAGAGGUGGAUUUAGCCUCUAAAAAUUAUGGCCUGUGGGAACCAUGUUCUUUAUAUUUAGACAUAGGUGGUAAAAUAACUUAUGGUCUGCACUAAGACACUCGGAAAAAAAAGAACUUAAUACUCAUGGCACAAUUAAUAUUAAAUUUUCUCAUUGCUGUGACAGAAAUACCUAACAAAGGUAACAGUGCAAAAAGAAGAUAUGGCUUGAGCACAGUCCUUCACGGCAGCAUAUGCCAUAAGGGCUGGUUUACAGGGAGCAGAGAGGCGACUGUUAGCAUUUCACUUGUUUUCCCUUUUAUUCAAUCUGGGAUCCUAGCCAGUGGGAUGACACUGUCCAUAGUAAGGAUGCGUCUUCCCUCCUUAACUAAAGCUUCUUGUAAACACAUUCAUAGACAGGUGUGUUUCCAUGGUGAUUCUAAGUCCCAUAAAGUUGGCAAUCAAGAUUAACUCUCAGUGGCAACAGAUGUAAAACAACAUUUUCCUGGAUGUAUAUUCUACACAAUUUAGGAUUUUUCUUCAAUCUGAUGUGUACACAAACAAAACCUCUUUCCCUUUUAGAGCAUCCUGUAUAUGGUCUUCCUCACAAAUGCUGAGGCUACAGGAGCCAGGCCAUGGUUCAGGUAGGAAAUACUUUACAUCAAAGACACUUAUCUAAGUAAAUAAAUGAACACUGAUAGUAGAUCUACUCUUAAAUUCCCCCAUUAUUUAGACAGUUUGCAUCCACAAAGAAUAUUUUGUGUGCCACCUAUUGGGUAGUAAUCAGGAAGAACACAAACUUCCUUAACUAUUAGCAUGUCUACAACACUUUCUAGUAUCAAGAAAAUGGACUAUUUUUUCACUUCAUAUGGUAUCAUUUUUCUUGUGAGUGGACUAGGAAUCAUGUCCCCCUUAUAGGCCUGGUCAAAUCUGUGGGCCAAGUCUGUGUGACUUUGUGAUGGCUCCCUUCAAGCAGAUAAUUAACUUUGAUGCCUGCUUUAAGCAGCAACUACAGGCUUCCAUCAUCUUGGUUUCAAAUCCACCACAGACUGAAAAAGAUCCCCACAAUGUAAAAGUCCUGUUUAAAUAGUCCCAGCUCCAAGCCAGGCCUUUCCCACUCUGAGCCCUACAGCCCAGUUCUGUCUACAAGGGCCACAUACUUAAGAACUAUCAGCCAGUUCCUCCAGUUGACCCAGAUGACCUGGAUGUAUCUUCUAACCUCAUUUUUUCCCAAUAAUGGAUGUGGCACCACAGGAGAAGACAGUGUUGCUUUGUGUCGAUGGUUCUAAACAUGUUCUGGACCUUUUCUGUUGCUAUUACCCACCUGAGCCUUUGAAGCACCUAGGAAUGAAUGGAAUGAAGAACAUUUUUAGGAGAGAAAGGUUUUCUCCCUCUAUGAAAAAACAAGGACAUAGCAGUGAAACAGUUCAAGUUUAAUUUGUUGAUACAUGUCUGUACUUAGACAAACACUAAAUUCUAUAACAUACAUGAUGUCAUUAUGGGAAAAUACGAAGUUUGUCAUUGCACAUACCAAUAAAUAAAUACAUUUGCUUCAGAAUACCAAAAAGUUUAUUCAAAAAGUCACUUAAUAAAAGCACAGUUUUGCAAGUUUGUCUAAAACUCCAGAUAAUUUUGAACAAAAAUAAAAUGUCUGACCACUCCAAAAUAGGAAAAGACAGUCAUGUGCAAAUCGACAUACAUGUUCUAGGCAUGAAAACUGGCUAAGUGUGCUCCCAGCAAGAGAAAUGCUGCCUAUCCUCACCAAGCCGGUCAUCAGUGCAGGGUCCAGGAG